CCCAAACGCAAACCCCGCAAGCUCAUAGACAUUUGGACGUAUGUAAAAUAUGGUUUUAAGCCUCUCAAGUUGUUCUUGCAGCCUGAAGAAUUUGAAUUUCUUCACAUGUUGUCACCAUGGAAGCUGGAUUUGAAGAAAAACAAAAACAUUUGCUCAGUUUGGAGCUCCUGCUAAAAAUAACCAUGGCUGUUUUAUGGCUUACAAGUGUUAGUUUGCUGAUUUGCCCCUCUCUGAGCUGCUAUCUCUGCUUUAUCAAGCCGCAAGUCAGUGGUCGGCUGUGCGUAGGUUACGUCGUGAGUGCAACUAAAGUCAACAGCGUUGACGAAUGCUUCAGGUCUCUGGAUCGCAUAUUCAACCUGAAUGAGACAGUGGUGAAGGCUGGAAGAGCGGCCGGAGGUUUAGAAAGCAGGCUGAAGGAGAUCCUGGAAGCAGAGAUCUUUCCCAUAGUGAAAGACUUUCAGGGAAAGCGGAAUAUGGACACUGUGUAUGAACGCAGGUUGCGGAAAGCAGCAGACAAUUUCAUUGAAGCUGCCUCCAAACUGCCUAGAGAUAAUAAGUGCAUCCCUCCAUGUGGUUUUCAGAAUAUAGAUGCUGCGUACAACUGCAUAACCUGCCAGUACGACUCCUGCUUAUUUCCACUCGACUGUCCAGUUGAAGAUAUUGAAGUAAAGGAGGGUAGAGGGAUCCAAAUGCGGUGCGAUGUGCCAUUUGACCUACCAAAUGAUAUUGAGGUGGUCUGGAAGUUUGCAGAGGAGUUCAAGACGCAGGAGACGGAGCAGUUUAAGGAGGUGACUGCAGGACCCGACAGGCUUUACUCCAUUUCAUCAACCACCACUGAGCAUCAGGGCACCUACCAGUGUGAGAUUUUCUCAGGCAUUCGAUCCAUCGUCAGGCUUUACUUCUACGUCACAGUGAUCCCCCAGCCUGUGGUGGGCCACACAGCGCUGCAGGGGAUAUUUGACCAGGCUCUGCUCCCAAGAGGGCAGUUUCUCACCGCGCCUGAUGCUGCUCCUCACUUCUUCCUCCACCACCGCCUCCUGUUUCUUCUCACCACCUGUUUAGCCACUUCUCUGCUGCUGCUGUCCGUCUCCGUGGGGUUCCUGUACUGGUUGUCAGUAGCGGAGGUCGACCAUCCUGUAGCGGAUUCGGAUGAAGAAGAUUAUUUUGGUGUUUCGUUGUUAGAAAUAUGAAAAAGAGCAACUUGUAUUAAAAAUGUACACAAAGUACUGGAUAUUCUGUGAAGCAUUAUGUCAUACUUAGAUGGAAACGUGUGUGUAACUCUUCUCACCACUAGAGGUCAGGAGACACAUUUUCAUCAGAAUAAUUGACAAUGACUUUCUGCAUCCAUGCAGCAUAAAAACGAGUUGUUUUGAUCAAAGUACAACAAAUUUUAGAGUAUAACAUGAAAUGUGUCUUUGUGAAAGUAUAGCUCAGUUUAUGCAUAUUUAAACCAUCGAAUAACUACAAUCAGAAAUAAUUUUUAAAUAUGAUUAAAACAUUGACAAAAUGGUAGGUUUACCUUUUUUAUACCUGGAUCAAAUCUUAAAACUUUUGCUUGCUCUCAUAUUAUUUGCAGUGACAAACCAGUGUAAAAAUCUGAUUAUGCCUUUCAUGGCCUUGUUCAUUUUUGUUCUUUUAAUUUUUCCCCUGUUUUGACGUAUUCCAACUACAAUAAGCUUUAUUGCAAAGCAUGGGAACAAAAAGAAAGCAGAACAAACUUGUUGAGUAGAAGGAAUUUGGCACAUAAGUUUCAAGCUCAUUCAAAAAGUAUAGAGGCCAUUCGAAUUCAACUCCCUUUUUCUCUUUGCUUAUUCAGGUCUGCCUGUGUGUAAUUAAAUUUCAAGACGAAGCCAGACGUUUUGUGAAAGCCUUGAAGUUUUUUUUCUUAGAGAAUAUAGGAUAAAGAGCAUUGAGAGGAAUAAACAGGCUAUCAGAAAGAUCAGGAAGAAUGUUGGGUGGAAGAAUAGAUUAGGGUUAUGAAAUCCAACAAUAUCAAUAUUGCACACUUCAAUCCAUUAGCCCCUAAAUGUAAUGGCACGACUGCAAACCUACCAAGACUUGGAAAUCCACCUUGGCCAGCAGACUGUCCAGCAAGAAGCUCAGAGGCCAGAGGACCUGCAGAGAUUCAUUGUUCAGAGGGAGGAAUAAAUCAAAUCAGAUAUAUAUCAGAUAUAUAUAUUAUAUAUAAAUGUAUAGCAUGCUGUUUAUAUGUAUAUAAACAGCAUGCUAAAGGCUACUAAUGAUUUAAGACUAAGUCAGUCACUAAAUAUGCAGGCAGUGAUAUAGUGGAAAGGUUUAAAUCAGAGUAACACGUUCGUGGGCUGGAAUGGCCUUGAUGUUUGCAGACAUUUCUAAUCUGAUUUGAUUGAGCUGAAGAAUAGAGAAAACCUUCAGUCUCUCAAUGAGCACAGCUGGUAGACAUGUCCCAAAAGACUUUCAGCUGUAAUUCUAGUGAAAGUUGUCUUUACAAGGUAUUGACACAGAAUUCAAUCACACAGACUGAAUAAAAAAUAGAUGCUGCAAUUUUCAGGUAUUUAUAUGCUAAAAAAGAAAGAAAGAAAAUAAAACAUUUUUCAAAUGUGUUUCACUUUUCAUCCCUCUAAUAAUUAGGUGCCACUACUGAUGUCUGCUGUUGCAAAGUAACAAAAUCUCAACGUUUCAGGAGCUAUUCAUAGUUUUUAUGUUUUAUGUUUUCCUAUUUGUUUCCUAUUUGUUACUUAUCGGUGGUGCAUGUUUGUUCGGCCGUGACGUUUUGUGUUUGCUAUCCCAAAAUGUCGUUUUCAUUGUUUUACUUAUCAGAUCAGUCAUAUCACCAAUAUAAGUCACAGCAGACAGAGGCACUGAAUGAUAACACACAUGAGAACAUGUAAUCCUACUAGAUAGAGUGCAGCAACAAAAUGCAUAAAAAAGCUACUGAGAAGGAAGUAAAAGUACGUAAGUACUGUUGUCAUGGAACGACUGCAUAACCAGGCCGAAAUUUUAAUUGAAAAGCGGGCAACACAUUUCAUUCACUCAGUGAAGCGUGCUGUUCUGAACAGUGUGGCCUGGCCUGCUUCUGGACACUCUGGGCUAAAAUAAUCAGGUAUUUUUCAUGUUUCACCAGCAAAAGAAGGAUUUGAUACUGUAGCCUAAAGACCACCAGGGGGCAGCAAAAUCCAGCCUGUCAUGUCUGCUCAACAAACAGCAAUCACACAGUUUGGAGCUUUCUACACUUACCUUGAAUUCAUUUUGAACUUUGUGGUGAAAUCAGUUUUGUGUCACAACCAGAUUGUGACCCAGAGAUGAUCUGGUUGCUAAACACAACACCAUCAAAACACAUCUGUAAAAGGGGAAGU